ACAAAUAAAAAAUAUGUUUUGUUUUUGGUUUUAGGAGGCUGUAGAACAUUUUUCAAGAAACCUUAAUCAUACAAUUUCACUCAAUGCAGUCAGGAAUUACUGUAAGGUUUAUCAGCUGUAUAGUUCGGAGCUCAGAAAACAAAUAGGGGAGUACGCUGAUGUGAACGGACUUGAGUUAGCUUCUAUACAGUUCUCCCAGCUUCUAGGACGAGAUGUAAAGAAGAGUACUGUCAAGAGGUUCCGACGAAUGUACGGGAGAAGUGGGAAGGAAGGAGGAGGAAGGAUGGAGGGAAGAGUUUACAGUUCCGCUCUUCGUCAGGAGAUUGGAGAAUAUGCGAUAGCACAUGGCGUGGAUGCCGCGGUUAGUGUGUACAGCGAGAAGCUUCAAAUGUCUGUUAAACCUGGUACAGUCAAGAAGUUCAGACGACUGUACAUGAACAAACCUACAGUACACUCUGAUACCACAACAACAAUUGAUCUUCUUCAGAGCAGUUUUAACGUUUUAAAUCAGGGUGGCGAAGGAUAUACUGUACAGUAUUCUGUUGUACAACCGUACAACCUUGUUCAUCACAACCUAUCAACUGACCUUUCAUCAAUGCAUGGAGAACUAGUUACCAUCCCAACGGAUAUUAUUCAGACAGUAAACGUUUGUUCUGAUAUUCAAGAAGAAAGCGAAGAUUUAAGUUUCAAAUCCGUGAAACCCUCUGUCGAAACAAGCUCGUCACAUUCUCAAAACAAAAAACAAGAUGAAAGCAAUGAAAACACAAAAACUGAUAAGGCGCCAAGGAAGAAGAAGUACACAAGAGGUAGUUAUGUACAGUACAGCGCAGAAAUGCGCGCAAAGAUUGGAAAAUUUGCCGCGAAACAUGGUAACGUGGCUGCCAUUCGCCAUUUUUCUGAGGAACUCGGUCAAACAAUUUCGGAAUCUACUAUCCGAGCAAUGAAGGAUAAAUAUAUAGUAAUGAGCCGCAUUAAAGGAGAAAAUAUCUCCGAGGUCGGAGCCGGAGCUCGAGGCCGUCCAUCCUCAUUUGGCCAAUAUGAUCAAAUUCUUAUUAGCACAUUAAAAAGGUUGGAAGAGAGAGGCGAAAAGAUUAAUUCAUUUGCUGUGAUUGCUACGGCCAAACAGAUUCUUCGAGAUAGUGGGGAUGAAAACAGUUCUGCAGUUUCUGCUCCUAAACUAACCCCCCAAUGGGCUAAAUCGGUUCUCAAAAGACUUCACGCUAAACCAAAGUUAAAAUAAUCCUAAGCUGAAAAUAAAUCUAUAAAAUAUUAGUAAAA